CAAUCAAACCACACAUAAACCUUUCUCAAGAUAUGGCUCCAAAGUCCACAAUGUCCCUAGCAUUGCUCUCUUUAGUUACACUAGUUCUGGCUUUGGGGGCUAAUGCCGGUGGAAUCGCUAUAUAUUGGGGUCAAAAUGGGAAUGAAGGCACGUUAGCGGAAACUUGUGCUACAGGGAAUUACCAAUUUGUAAACGUAGCUUUUCUCACCACCUUCGGCAAUGGCCGCACCCCCGCCAUCAACCUAGCCGGUCACUGUGACCCAACGACCGAUGAAUGCACCAAGUUGAGCCCAGAGAUCAGGUCAUGCCAAGCCAAGGGGAUUAAGGUCAUACUUUCCAUUGGAGGAGCUUCUGGGAGCUACUCUCUAACUUCAGCAGCUGAUGCAAGGCAAGUUGCAACUUACUUGUGGAACAACUUCUUGGGAGGGCAUUCAUCAUCAAGGCCAUUGGGAGCUGCAGUAUUGGAUGGAAUUGACUUUGAUAUUGAGGGAGGGACUGACCAAUAUUGGGAUGACCUUGCUAGGUACCUAUCUGGAUAUAGCAAGAGAGGCAAGAAAGUUUACUUGACUGCUGCCCCACAAUGUCCCUUUCCUGAUGCUUGGAUUGGAAAUGCACUUAAGACAGGCCUCUUUGACAAUGUUUGGGUUCAGUUCUACAACAACCCUCCCUGUCAGUACACUUCCGGCGACGUGGCCAAUCUAGAGGACGCUUGGAAGCAGUGGACUUCAGCCAUCCCUGCACAUAAGAUUUUCUUGGGGUUGCCUGCUGCUCCUCAGGCUGCCGGUAGCGGUUUUAUUCCUGCUUCUGAUCUCAACUCACAAGUCCUUCCGGCUAUUAAAAAUUCGGCUAAGUAUGGAGGUGUCAUGCUUUGGUCCAAAUAUUAUGAUGAUCUUGAUGGAUACAGCUCCUCCAUCAAGAGUCAUGUCUAAAAUUUCAAUAUGUUUACUAUUUGAAGAACAAAAGGGAUAUCCACCCUUAUGUACGUUGACUACAUAAAUAUGUAUCUGCCAGUCUAUAUCGAUUGAGUUUAUGCAAUGUCAAUACUAUUAAUUUCCUA